UACUCCUUCAAACCACUUAAGAGUUCUAAACUCGGGAUAUCAACCCCUCACUACUACAUAACGAACCUUCCGCUCUUCCGCUUGACUAGACAUAUUCUCAUAGCCACCGAACUGAUUCCGCCUCCCACCAUGCCCCUCGUCAUCCCCGGCAUCAACAACACCAGCGGCGGCUCGAGCCAGGAUGACUGGUCGCACAAGCUAAUGGGCAAGACUGUCACCGAGGGAUCGAGCGAUGUGAACUCAUUCGCCAAGAAAGACCUGCCGGAGACCCAUCGGAUCGUCAAGCCUGGGGACAUGACGACGAUGGAUCAUAAUCCUGAUCGGUUGAAUAUCCAUGUGGAUGAGAGCGGGACGGUGCAUAAUGUCAACUAUGGUUAAAGUGCUGGGGAAUUUACAACGGGGAUGUGGUGUGUGUGUGUGUGUGUGUGUGUGGAUGAUGGUUAUGAUUUGUGUUUGCUUGUUGGGGCUACUAUGGGAUGAUGGUUAUGAUGGGAUGGAUUUUAUGUACUGCGUUGGUU